CGACAGAAACCGGCAAUGAAGAUCCUAAUCUCAAGGAAAUCAAACGCUGCAGAUAAGAUCUUAUCACUGCUCCGGAGUGCGGUUUCCGACGGGACCCUUGUGGAGAUCCCUCCCCUGGCCCUGGUAGGUAUAAACGUGCACGGGGCAGGUGAUCUCGUUCCAGUGAGACUCAACCCCGGUUUUGUCAUCAUGACCUCCUGCAGGAGCCUCGCAACCAUCGCCCUUUCCGUCUGCCUCCUGGUCCAGUUCUUUCAGUCCGGAGAAGCAUACCGCCCUCUGAACCAUGCCUGCUGCGUGAAGUACACCCGCAGACCCCUGCCGUUCCGCCUCAUCAAGGGCUACGUGGUGCAAAGCUCCCUGGAGGUCUGUCGUAUUGACGCUAUCAUAUUCGUCACGAUGAAGAACCACAAAGUCUGUGCCAGUCCUGAAGACGAUUGGGUCAAGACUGCCAUCUUCUGUCUCAGCGAGAAGAUAGACGGGAUGACUAACAGCGGAGAAGUUGAUGACCCAUUAAACAGAGAAUGCCGGGCUCUCAAGAUGGUCAACGGUAGCACUACCUAACCAUGAGAAACAGAUAAACAGCAUCAGUAAACUUCUUAAGCUGAUUUAACGCCAUUAAUAAAAUCAUUACUCUGUUUUUAUAUAAACUCGCUUCGCACUUCCUCUUAAUUAACAUAUAUAAAAUAGAGACUCAUAUUCUUUCUACUUAUUUCUAAUAUGAUUAUACUAUCACACAUAUGUUAGCUUUCAGUUAAAAUACCUUCUGUACGCUUAUAUAUUAAUUGACUGUACAUCAAAAGAUCAAAAUAAACACAUUAAUCAAAGCA